UCUCCCUCUCUCUCUCUUUCUCUCUCCCUUUCCAAUCCUCGAGGCGCUAGCUCGAGCUGAAGCUCUUCGUCGCGCGCUCUCCGACUCGCCGAUUCGCCGAUCCCUCACCCUUUCGACUCGGUGCCGGCCCCGUCUCCUCUCUACGCUCCGGCGGAAGCCCGCGCCGCGCCCGGAUCUGCUGCGGACGCUCGAUUCCGAUCGCCGAUCGCGCCGAAUCCGGCACGGCCCCGUCUCCGAAGCCCCGGCCCGGACCCGACGCUCCGCCCGGCGGAUCUACGAAUCCGCGCGCCGUUCUUCGACGCCGGUCAGUGGACCUUGAAAGCUUGCUAGAAUCUCGAAAGAGGAUCAAGUCAUUUUCAAGGCAUGGAGUUAAGAAGUUGCAUCCACUUGCAUUCUAUCCAGGCAAUUAAAAAUGGCCACGUGACCAAAGUGCUAAAUGUAACGCGUGGAAGGCCAUCACUUUUAUUGAAGAAAGUUGCUGAUUUAUGCGGUUCAGGAGAUGUCAAAGACCUUGUUACCUUCCGCAAGUUUGAGUCAAAGGAUGAACCUGAUGUCUCAGAUUUUGAUGACGAUGAUGAUGAUGACGUCAGAGAUGGAUUAUAUCCUGAGUUGGUGGGAACAAAAACAACUCAAUCCAACUUAAAUUGUUCAAAGUUCGAUCGUGUUGAUGAAAAGAACAGCUUUCUAGAUGCAAAUAUGACAUUGAAUCAAAUUAAAGAGAGAUGUAAAAUGCAGAAACGGAAACGAGUGCUGUGUGAAGAUUCCAGUUCAAUUGAGGAUGAUUCUUGCUCUCCUAAAAAGGCAGUUCAUUCUCUCUCUCUUUCUGAGGAAGAUGAACUUGAUCUUGAGGAGCCUCUCAUUUUUUGGAAAGCCAAAAUGAAGAACUUCAAAGGCAAGAAGGUUUCCCCUAAAAAGUGUGCAGAUUUGUCAUGUCAAAGUGCCAAAGAAUCUGUCAUAGCAGAACAGAUCCAAUCUCCUCAAGCAACUCUGCAGUCAGGGAAUUUACGUAUGUCUAUUUCUGUAAAAGUUGAGGAUGAGGCCCAUGACUAUGAUUCAAACUCACAAACUGGAGUUGGUCCUCUCGGAGAUUCCUUAGAUCUUGUCAAUGAUGGACAAGCAACCUCCUCUGUGACAGAUUCCAGAGGAGAUGGUGCUCCCAGAGAUACCUUAGAAGUUGUAAAUGAUGGACAAGCCACCUCCUCUGUGACAGUUUCCAGUGAGGUGCCUAAUGAAUCUUAUCAGGAUAAUCAGAUUUCUUUUGGUGAAGAAUCUGAGAUUUGUGUUCUCAAUAAAGUGCCAUAUGAAGACAUGGAGCAUUCCGCGUUGGCAUCUGAGUCGUCCAACCUUGAUGUGGCCAUUUCAGUGGUCAGUAACUUGGAAGUACCAAAGUCGAAUUAUCAGGAAUCAGAUAUAUAUAAAUCAGAGGCACAGGAAAAACAAUGUCAUACAAAUUUCCUCAGCCUUGAAGCCCCUUCUCAAAGUUCUGUAAAUGGCUUUUGUGGUAAUCCCAACAACUGCGGAGAUUAUUUGUCGACGCACACUAUGUCAUUACACCUAAGCAGUUCCAGUCAAGAACCAGAUGGGUCCUCUUGCAGCAGUCAGCCCACAAAACAACCCUGUGGAGAUGGCAUAAGCAUAUCUCAGGAUGAUGCUGGAGAGAAUAUGCUUUAUGAUCAUGAGAGAAUUUCUAACAAAAGCAUUAUUGGCAAUUGUAACUCAGCUUGCAAUGCAAAUCUGAACCCAAGUUGUGAUGUCUGCUUGGAUUCUCCUGUUGACGUGGAGAAACAAUCUCAUAUAUGUACUGGUGAUGAUGCAGAAAUCAGCUGCACCACAGAUGUUGCUCCAUGUGAUGUUGCUGAUGAUCCUACAACCUUGCAAAUGUGUGAAAAUUUCGAUCAGUUGAAGUUACAUUGUGCACCCAGGAGGUUUUUUCCUGCAAGAAAGGUCAUAUCUCCACCUUCUCAGGAAAGACUGCGUAAAUUGAUGGGUGCAACAGAGUCAAAUGAUGAAGGUUAUGGAUAUAGGGGAAAAGUGUACUCACAGAAUCAGAUGGAGACGGAGUCUUUGGGAGUGGAAAGGUUCAAACUGGUCAGAAGUGCUGAACUACCUCCAAACCCCAAACGCAAGAAAGUAAAAAGCAAUAAAAAAGGAUCACCGCCUAAAGGCAGUCACAAAGAUUCUAAUUUAUCUGGCACUGUACCACGUGUAAACUCCAGCCAGAGUUGUUCUCAGAGUGCAAUUGCAUUUUCUCAAAGGCAGAUGCAAGACUAUGACAAUCUUGCAACAAAACUCAUGACCGAGUUGAAUGUUAUGACAGAUAUUGUGGAAGGGAACUCGUGUGCUGAUAGCUGUCUCACAGGAAAUACAAAAUAUACAACAGAUGAGGUAAAGACUGCCAUUGAAAAUGCCAGUAAAGUGAAGGAAACCGCGCGGAAGUGGCUUUCCAUGAUGGCAAGGGACUGCAACCGUUUCUGCAAAAUAAUGAGAUUAACUGAGGAUUGUCAUCCUACGACGGAACAUAAGGUUCACAAGGAAAGAAAGAAGAUUACAUUUGCUGAUGAAGCUGGUGGUGAGCUGUGUCAUGUCAAGUACAUUGAGGAUGACAUGGCUUCCCUCCUGGUAUCAAAUGCUGAAAAUCAGGAAGAGAUGGUGGAAUAAUUGGUUGUUCUCAUUCCUCCCUUCAUCUGUAAUUCAGGGGCAAUAAGGGAAUAUUCAUCGGCGCUUCUUAAGGAAUUGGAUACUCAAGCCGUAGAGGCCGAGUUGCCUCAUUCUCGCAAAGAGGGUAGAGAACAGAGAUGUGCACUUGGACAAUGCUCAUCGAGUUGAGCAGAUCUUGUCCAAAACUGUACAUACCCUUAUUUUUGUUUUAACUGCUCCCAUGGGAAUGCUCCCCGUUUUGUACCAUCUGCUCCCCGUUUUGUACCAUCUUCUCCCCAUUUGUCUAUUCAAUUAAACCAGAAUGUGCAAAGAAUAGCCUAUGCUCUAAGGUGUUUUGAAGGAAUGCUGCAUUUUGACGACUAGUGAGUCUUGAUAUCCUUUCGUUGCAUU